AGUUUAUAGCGACAACGCUCGGGUAGGCCGCUAGGAGCGCGAUUUAGUCAGGCUACAACGAUAUGGACAACAAUAGUAAUGUUCAACUUUUCGGCUUGCAGCAUGGCAUCGUCGCAACAGCGUCCACUGUCCGAGCCACCACCCUACGUGGAGUACCAGGGAAUAUUGUUCCCAAGUAGCGUUCCAAAGGAAAGCCUGGAAGUGACGAAGACUUUUGAGAUACGUGACGGUGAUGUGGUGAUUGUAAGCUACCCCAAAAGCGGUUUAAACUGGAUGUUCGAAACUGUGCAUAAAAUUCUUGGUGGAAAGAAGGAGGAUUCGUCACCUCUAGGACCUGAGUAUUGCCCUCCAGGACAAAAACCCUGGUAUAUCCAGCUUCGAGAGACUCCAUCGCCUCGACUGAUGUAUACACAUUUACAAGUCCAACUGGCACCUCCAGGCUUGACAGCUCCAGUCACCAAGGUGAAGACCAUUGUCGUCAUGCGAAACCCUAAGGAUGUUUGUGUGUCCUACUACUACUACCGGCAGAAAAGGCCGACAUUUAAGUCUCCAGAAUCUUGGGAACAGCACUGUAAGGACUUUCUGAAUGGGAAAGUGCCGUAUGGUGACUACUUUGACCAUGUGCUGGGCUGGUGGCAAAUGAAAGAUGACCCCCACUUCCUUUUUGUCAAGUACGAAGAUAUGAACAAGGAUUUUUGCUCGGCAGUGAAGACUGUAGCAGCCUUCUUAGGGAAAGAACUGACCGAUGAAGACCUGACCCGUGUGCUGACCAGUUGCAGUUUUGAGUCAAUGAGAAAGAGGUUUGCAGAGUCUACGUGGAGGAAGGACAUGGUCAGGAAGGGUGUUGUUGGAGACUGGAAGAACCACUUCUCGGCAGAGGAAAGCGACAAGUUUGACGAAAAGUACCGUAAACGGAUGGAAGGUUCAGGGCUGGAGUUUGAGUUCGAGUAGCUGAAUAAACAGCUUGUACAUCCAAAUAGAAUAAUGGUAUCAAUAACAAGAGACCUGAGAUUCUAAACCUCCAGUAUUCUACGGUAUAUCUAAUGCAUAAUGUUGAAAACGGCUGCUGACAAUUUCAGACAGCAAUGUUACUAGUAAGUAGUAACAUUAUAUGACAAAAAGAACCUUUAUUUUAACAAAAACGAAAACGACUUGAACAAUGUUAACAUAAUAAAAACUGUAAAAGGCACCUAUUACUACUUUUCUCAUACAUAUGUACUUCAAAACCAAAGAUAAGGCUCUAUACUAAGUACCUAGGCCUGUUGGCUCUAUUGCUACCAAAUAUACUGGAUACAGUAGUACUAAUAAACUAACAGCACUAGCCCUCACCUAUCCAUUUUCAACUACCAACAAUGAUCUAUAUGGCAAAACAAAAGGAUAAAACUGUAUGCUAUCCUAAAACAUCUCUACAGUCUAACCGAUAUAAAGGUAACAAGGUAAUAUUGGAUGGUAAUCCAUCUAAGAACAGAAAAAGUCCUGCUCGGUAACAGAGGAACUAGGUUAGAUUAGGCUGGAUAUACAUGCAUUACUUAAUAUCCUCUUCAUCUUCUAUAUCAGUGCAAUUUUAAUGCUAUAAUGCCAGGCAGGGAAUGCUACAAUGUACCACACACAAAAAUGUUUUCAAAGAACCAACAAUAAAAAAUAUUUUGACACAGUUUCCACAAUCACUCUUA